AUGACCAAGGAUCUGUCUUCUCGUUCUUCCGAAUCGGGUGAUUCUGCCUUGGGCGACUCCCUCGAAUCCCUCCCUCCCGUCAUCUUCACCCCCUCUCACCUCGCUCACAUCAACGCCCGCCUCAACUCCUGCACACCCCAGCAAAUCCUCGAAUGGGCCAUCGUCACCAUCCCCAACCUCUACCAAACAACCGCAUUCGGCCUGACUGGAUUGGCUACCAUCGACAUGUUAUCCAAGCUUCCGAUUACGCAGGAAAACCCGGUCCCGUUGAUUUUCAUCGACACCCUCCACCACUUCCAAGAAACCCUCGAUCUCGUGGAUCGCGUGAGGGCGAAAUACCCGAAUGUCCCCUUACACGUCUACACCCCCGAAAACACCCCCACCGCCGCCGCCUUCACAGCACUCCACGGCGAUAAACUCUGGGAACGCGAUGAACCCCUCUACGACUACCUCGUCAAAGUCGAACCCGCCCGCCGCGCAUACGCCGACCUAAACGUCCGCGCAGUCCUAACCGGUCGUCGCCGUUCCCAAGGCGCAGACCGCUCCUCCCUCCCCAUCAUCGAACUCGACGAAACCGGCCUCAUCAAAAUAAACCCCCUCGCAUCCCUCUCCUUCGCCGACGUCAAAGCAUAUAUCGACGCCAACGCCGUGCCAUAUAACGCUUUGUUGGAUCAGGGAUAUAAGAGUGUUGGGGAUUGGCAUUCGACUGUUGUGCCGAGGGAGGGGGAGAGUGAGAGGGCGGGACGGUGGGCGGGGAAGGAGAAGACUGAGUGUGGCCUUCACGCGGAUUAUUUUAAGAUGAAGGCGGAGGCGAAGAGGAAGUUGUUGGAGGCGAAGGCUGCUGCUGAGGGUAUCCAGGGGGUGAAAGGAGUAUAG